AUGCUAGAAGAGCAGCUAAAAACCAAGCAUAAAGAUAAAGAAGACCUUGAGGAGGUGUCUAUGGAACUCGAACUUGCUGAUGAGGACGAAAAGAUACCAUAUAAAAUUGGAGACUCAUUCAUUUCCCUUCCCCUCUCGGAAGCACAAUCUCUCCUCACAGCCGCCACGGAGCGAAUUGACGAUGAAGUCAGCAAGCUCGAAGAAAACUUAAGCGACGUGAGAGAUGAGCUACAGCAGUUGAAGGUUGCGCUUUAUGCGAGAUUUGGCAGGAGUAUUAACCUCGAGACUUAG